AUGUCGUCACGCGCCUCACGCCAUAGCGUCUCAACGACAAGCAGCAAUGCAAGCCGUGCCAGUGUAAGCAUCUGGGAUGCCAUCGGAAGCACCCCGCAGACCACGCCCUUCAGCUCGCCGGCGUCGUCACUCACGAGACCGAGCUCGCAUGAUUCGACUGGAACUGGUGCGCUGCUGUUCAGUCGACCAGUGAUCGUUUCCUUCUCGAAAGGCACAUCUCUCUUCCGUAUCCCGCUGUCGCGGAUUGAUGUCUGCAAGGAUGCUGCUGGUGGCAUCCGCAAGAUCAAUAUGAGCUCCGACUCGUCAAUGCGGGAGAAUGUCUUCACGCUCAAUUUUCCGAACAGCCGCAUGCCGAUACCACACCUCGAACAACCAUAUAGCGCUCGGUCAAGCUCCGCUUACCGCAUAUCCUUCCUUGAAGAGCAGACCCUACAGUCCGGCGGCAGCUUGUUCCAGGGGAAACCCAGCUUUGCAUUCGAUCGAUGGGAAGACUGUCUACGCCUGCAGGAGACGAUACUCGGUCAGCAAGUCGUGUUUGUGGGAGGCAUGGCGGAGGCAAAGAGUAAGCGAGGCGAGGAGUGCAUCAGUCAGAACUUGAGGAUACUGCAUUCAAACAGCUCUGGAGGGAAGGCCACCAUGAUAUUCUUCACCAAUUCGCAGCGGCGAGAGCAAAGGAGAUAUGUCUCUGUGCCGUUGAGUGCCGUCAGCAAGAUAGAAACCUCACGGAGGUCGAUCACGAUGAAGUUGAGCGGUGACACAGAGCUGUUGGCGGAUAUGAGAAGUUUGACGGUGCAGUUCCUUGAGGAUGACGAUCGUGAGCGAUUCCUCGGUAUUGUCAGGAAUUGA